CGCAUUCCUCAGGUAGCACUAGCCCCGUCGCAAUGAUUCAUUUCAGGGGCGAAUAGAAAAUAAACAGUGGCUGACAACAGCCGGGAUUUAAAACGUAAUACUUCUUGUUGCUGACUGAACCGCACAGCUGACAGUCCGCCGUGUGUUGGAGGUUGUGAAACGUCUGACUCGGAUCCGCAGCGGAAAUCUCCUGUCCUACUUUUUGACGGAGUGUAGGCUACCUACAGCCAGGUGGAGUAGGAACACAUAGACAGAAGAUAACUGAUGACUGAGCAACUUUUCUCUUUUCCUGGGCUUUGUGUCGGUGAUGGCAGAGCUGAUAAGAAGGUGUAGUAAUUUCUUCCUGUACGAUGGAUCAAAGGUCACAGGAGAGGGCGACCCCACGAGAGAGGGAAUCUGCUACUUCUAUCCUGAAGAGACACCCAUAGACAAGCAGGAGCUGCUCUGUGGACAGCUCGCCGGCGUGGGCCGCUGUGUCUCUGAGCUGUCCUCCUCUCCCGUACGCAUACUGAGGCUGCGCCGCAACAAGUAUGCCAUCCACAUGAAAGAUGACUUCUUCUGGGCUCUGGGCUGCUCAGUGGAAGUUCCCACCGUCAGUGUCUGCGAGCUCCUGGAUCAGCUAAUAAAACUUUUCUGUUUCUACAACGGCUCUAUCCGACAGAGCUACCAGCUGAACAGUCGAGAAACUCUGGCUGCUCGAUGGGCGCGGUAUCUCUCACACCUGCAGUCAGGAUCCUCAGAGCUUCAUCACAUCUUCAGCUGUUUGAGGACCAUUGACUCGACCAAUGUUGACCCACUUCUGCUGCUCAAAGCUGCCCUCAUUCUUCAGGCCUGUCAGCGCUGCCCUCUAGUGUUAGCAGGCUGUAUUCUGUUCAGAGGAAGAGUUGUAAGCACACAGAUGUCUCCAGAGCUCACAAUGAAAGUCAUGGUUCAUGAGAGUGAAACGUACACAAAGGCCCAGAAGCCCAAUGGACUGAGCUCCACCAGCUCCUCCAGCGCUGCUGUCUGCUCCACUACAGUGUUUCUGACCAUGUCUGAACUCCAGUACCUGCAGUCUCCCCCUGUCGACAAAGACUUGAGGUCCCAUUCUACUCCACACAAGGACGGUCCCCUAAAGAAGACCCGCCUGUCAAGAACUUUAUCUGACAUGGCCUCCACUGAGUCCGAUUCAUCUGAUCCGGGUCCCUCCCAGUCCCCCCAGAAGAUGUCCUUCAGCCCUUGCUUGUCAGAAUCAGAUAACUCUCUGUUUAGCCCAGCUCCUUCACAGAGCGCUGCUGAUCCACUCCACCCCCCACCGCAGUCCCCCGAGCCUCCUUUCUCAAAUGGAAAACACUCCCACGAAGCUGAGGAGGAAGCGCUGGAGCAAUCGUAUUAUCAGAGUUUUCACAGCAACGGAGAUGGAGACAGCCAGAUACAUAACAAAGGAGACGACUCUGUGUUUGAAGGAAACUCCCAUUUCAAUGGAGGUGGAAGAGAGGGAGACACAGCUUGUGGGACGGUGUUUGACUUCCGAGGGGGCGAGUCAGGCAAUGAGGAGUCACAUGACGAUAAGGAGUUGGUGGGAGAUAGCGGGAGAGCACAAGGUCAGACGGCGGAGGUGGGAGAUCCUCCUCCUUGCUAUGGUGCUUUCGACAACCCAGAGGAGAGUCCGCUGAUCCCCAUGACGCUUUACCUGCACCGGGUGAAAGGCUUGGUGCUGGCCCUGCUGGUGGAGCCUCACUUCCUGAGUGACACAGCUUCAAUGGAGGAAGUGUAUCACAGCAGCCUGGCGUCACUCAAUGGACUGGAGGCCCAUCUGAGGACCAUCUCUCCAGGGGCCCCUGGCGCUCAAGGACCCUACAUCUUUGCCCAUUUUGACUGCAUCCAGAGCACGCUGACAACCAACCUGUCUGGUCGACCAGGGGGAGCCCCGGAGCAUCCUUUUGUCAGAGCCACAUCACUUCUUCACUUGCAUUUCUGUAACACUGAAACUCUGCAGGAGGCUAUUAUCAGGAGUGCCGGUGCUGCUGUGUAUGGAACCCGCAGCGUGGCCCAGGAGACUUACUUCCAGCAGCACGGGGGUUCACUGAGGAACUCGGGCAUCCCUAACCACCAGGACAGCGCGUUCUCGCUGCCCAGCAAGGCCCGACACAGACUGCUGAAGCACGGGGUUAACCUGCUCUGACGUGAUGGAGCAGGUUUGCAAAUUAUUUAAUGAAGUUGAACUUGUCCUGUGAAUAACUUUAAAACCAACACAGAAUAAUAUAACGUUAUUUCUUUUCUAUUUGUAUCAUUACUAUGAAUUUGCUAUGAAAAUGAGUUCUUCCAUCAAGGCUUAUGUUAGUUAUGUUUACAGUGAAGUUUUAGUCAUAGUUCGAGUUACUUUCAUGUUUGUUAGAGAAUAGUUAAUCUCUGUUCGGCUGAAACACGACACCUUUUGUCUCGACUACAAUUUUUAAGCUUCCGGACUUUACACUUUACCCAUAUUCUCCGUUCAGUCAUAUCAACAAUGCAGUAAAUGUAAUAAUUCCUUAUAUUUGUAUUUAUUCUUUUAAAAAAGAAAUUUGGACUAAAAUGUAAUCUUUAUACUGUUUAACUUGCAUUUAAUUAUUCUUUUCCCUGCUGCACAUGCUGCAAAAUUUGUUACGUACAUUUCUAAAAUAAUCUGAAACAGCUUUUAUAUAAGUUUCUAUUUAUAUCAAAUCAACUCUUUGGAAACAAGAAAGUGUUAUUUAAAUAUGCACCUAUUAGAUCUACUGUGUUUGAAUUGGAAGAGUUUUUUUUUUUUUUUUUCUGGAAGAGAUUCACUGUGCUGCGUUAUUAGUGGACAUUAAAUGAAAACAUGAUCUUAA